AAAAUAAAGUAAGUUGUUAGGUUGUGCUAAUUUUUGGCGCGGUGGACUACUAAAUUCUUGGAAAUAAAUGCAAUUUAUUUGUGUUAAUAGCGUGUAAUUCAAAAUGGAUUAACAAUAUUAUAAACAUGUAAACAGUUAUCAUGUACGUGGUGUGAUUAUUUUGUCAAAGUUUAACAUUGGUGGUGAAAUAGCGACCAUUUUGAACAGUUUUAUUUAAAAUAAGACAUGUAGUUAAAUGAAUUAUGAACGGUGAAACCCCUAGUGUCCCUAUUACGACCUUGGCUGGAGUGUCAAGUUUGACAGAUUUGCUUCCGCAACUCCCUUUGCCCACACCGUUGCCCCAGACAGUUCAAAACAAAUCCCUGUUGUUUAGCCUUAAAAUAACGGAGGAUGCUCGACAGCUUCUGGCUUCAUCUGAUGAAAGUUUGGGUAAUCAGCUUGCCCAUGCUUUGAGACAGACACAUACAAAUCAGAUAGAGCUGAAAGAUUCUUUGAGCACUAACACAGUUGAAGGCUAUAUUCCUAAUUUACUCCAAACUGUGAUGCGUAAAGAUCCUCAUAUUUUUCAAGGCAAUGCACAUUUAGAUGGUAAAUAUUUUGUCAGUCCCAAUCAAUUAGGAAACAACUAUCAACAACAUGGUAUGAACUACAAUAAUAACAUUGGCAUUUUACCACCACAUCCCCAACAGUAUAAUCAUUAUUUUCAAGAAGGUCCAAGAAUCUCCAAACCUCUUUCUCUUCAUGGAUCUACACAUAAUAACACUGAUCAGAGUGGUUUAUCAAUUCAACCAACCCCACAGUCUCCUCGACGUCAGCCUAAUUUAUAUGCUUCCCCAAACAACAGUCCUUAUCCUGCAGCAAGUGCUGGUGUUGGUCACAAAGGAAACUCUGGGAUACUACAUAACUGUCAGCCCAAUGCAGUGGCCAGUCCAGCUCAAGCAACAGCUGCUGAAAGGAUCAUGCAAUAUCCCUAUGUACAAAAGGCUUCUCCUGUUUUAUCUCAAAAUCCUCCAGAUCCUUCACGCCAAAAUAGACGGUCUCGAAAUCCCCCUACAGUGGCAUCUAAUAGCAUUGAUCAACAUGUCUUAAAAACUCAGGAACAUGUACAGAAAUCAGAUGUUUUGCCAAACAGGACUAAUAUUGAUUUAAUGUCAAUACGUUCUGAGCCUGUGAUUAUGUUAAAAAAUAUUGGUGACCAAAUUAACACAAAUAUUAGUAGACUGCCUUUACCCCCUCACCUUUCAAGUUCAUCUCAAAAAUCGAAAGUAACAGAAACAAAAAAUAAGAAUGAACCAGUUGUUAUGCUUGAAAUGUUAGAUCCUUCAACCUUAAAGUCAAUACAGAAAGGAGGCUCUGUUAAAACUGACUGUGAUAGUGAAUCCAAAAAGAGAAAAAGAGAAGAAACAAAUUACAAUAUCUCUAGGUCUGCUGGACCAGGAGACAUAUCUUUUCAAGCUACUAGAAACAGGCGUAGUGAUGAUACUUACAAGAAUAGGGCAGCCAAGAGAAGGAGAAAUUCUGUGGAAAGUGAUGAUGCAUCCUCAUUGUCUGAAUUUGUUGAAGUUGAGGAAGAUGAGGACACAUACAAUGCUCGAAUGAAGAAGAGAGAAAAGCAGAGUAAAAAGCGAUUGUUACAGCCAGUGGUCAGUUUAGAAGAUCUGAUGGAUAGUCAUAUGUUUAAAAGAUUCAAUAGCUGUGUAGAUAUUGUUUUGGACAGUGCAGAGGAUGCUAACUUUGCAAGCCUAGAUAAAGACAAUGAUGAUGUAGAAUGCCCUCCAGAAUCUUUAAUUUCAAGAGGUGUUCUAGGAGAUUUGUGUGGAGAAGCUGCACAAUUAAAAGCAAUGAAUGCUUUAGGCCAGAUACCAGCUGAGCGCUUGGUGAAACUGCUGACUAUUUUGCUUUGGAAUGUUCGAGAUGGAUGUAAAGUAACACCCAAUAUAAAUCAGGAAGAUGAUGAAGAUGAAUCGAAAUUAUGGAGGGAACUCACAAUGGAAAGAGUCAUGCGCAGCAUGGAUGCCUCUCUUACUGCUCUUACCAUUAUGACUGGUCGAAAUAUGCCUAAGCAAGUAUAUUUAGAAGAUGUAAUAGAAAGGAUAAUUCUGUUUGCUAAAUUCCAGCUGCACAACACCAUCUACCCUGAAUUUGAUCCUGUAUAUAAAAUAGAUCCAAAGUCUAAAGAUGGAUACCAAGGUAGUUUAAAAGCAAAAAGAGCUCGAGCAAGUUCUGUUAAGCACAAAUCAACAAUUUCUCUUUACAACAAAAUGACUGAUCUUGUCAGUGCAUUAGCAACACUACUUGAAAUACAACAGUUGACAGACACUGUUAUUUUACAGGUUUCUUCACUUGGUGUUUCCACUUUCUUUGUUGAGAAUAUCAGUGAACUUCAACUGAAUUCAAUAAAACUUAUUACAACAGUAUUUUCUCGAUAUUCUAAGCAUAGGCAGCUUAUUUUAGAAGACAUUUUUGCAAGUUUAGCUAGACUUCCAUCAAGCAAAAGAAAUCUCAGAAAUUAUAGACUAAAUUCUGAUGAAUCUAUACAAAUGGUAACAGCAUUGGCUUUGCAAUUAAUUCAGUGUGUUGUAAAAUUACCUGAUUUGGAAGAAACAGAGGGCACUGAACAAGAUAAAAAUAAAAAAGUCAAAGGAACUAGUCCAGAAGAGGCUGCUGCAGCUAAGAGUGAUAAUGAUGUUCUGAUUGUCACAUCUUACGAGACUGCAAUGAGAACUGGUUAUAAUUUCUUGUCAGUUUUUCUUAAAAAAUGUACAACUAAAGGAGAAGAAGACUAUCGUCCACUUUUUGAAAAUUUUGUACAAGAUUUGUUGACAACUGUAAAUAAACCUGAAUGGCCUGCUUCUGAACUACUUCUUAGUCUUUUGGGAAGAAUUCUGGUGCAGCAGUUUAGCAGUAAAGCAACUGAUAUGUCACUCCGAGUUGCUUCUUUGGAAUACUUAGGCAUUGUAGCAGCUAGGUUAAGAAAAGAUGCUAUUACUAGUCAAUUAAAUCAAGAUGUUAUGACUGAUAUUGUUCAGAAGGUCAGUGAAGAAGAUGAUGAUGAUUUAUCUGCAUCUAGUAAAAAUAAAAAAAAUGAGGUAAAAAUAUUACCAGACAUUACAGAAAGACUUCAGAAAGCGAUGUUAGAAUAUCUAGCAUAUAAUUCACUUAGUGAAUCAUCCCUUCUUUUUGCUCGUCAAUUUUAUAUAGCACAAUGGUUUCGUGAUACUACUGUAGAAGCAGAAAAAACACUUAAAGCUCAGCUUAACACUUCUGGAGAAGAACAGGAUGAAGAUUUUAAUGAGACGAAAGAAGAAACAUCAACAGAGAUAAUGCAAAAUGCAGAAAAGCGAAAAGCUUUUUUAUGUUCCCAAAUCUCUUAUGGUGGCAAACCUCUUGCUAAUUUAAAGCAAGCAGGAGCCAAAUUAAACUAUGAAAAUGCUUGUUUGGUUGCAAGAUACUUGUCAUCUAAGCGUCCGUUUGCUCAAAGCUUCGAUAUCUAUCUAACACAGAUUCUUAAGGUUUUGUGUGAAACAGCUGUAGCAGUGAGAACAAAAGCCAUGAAAUGCCUUACUGCAGUAGUUGAAGCUGAUCCAGGAAUACUAGCCAGGGCUGACAUGCAGCGUGGAGUACAUGGCCGAUUUCUGGAUCAGUCCACCUCUGUUAGAGAAGCUGCAAUUGAACUGGUUGGAAAGUUUAUUCUCAUUCAGCCAGAUCUCAUUCCUAAUUACUAUGAUAUGCUGUCUGACAGAAUUUUGGAUACUGGAAUAAGUGUGAGAAAAAGGGUAAUACGUAUCUUCAAAGAUAUUUGUAUUGAACAUAGUGACUUUCCCAAAAUCCCAGAAAUGUGUGUGAAGAUGAUAAGAAGAGUAAAUGAUGAAGAAGGCAUCAAGAAACUGGUCAAUGAAGUCUUUCAAGCAAUGUGGUUUACUCCAGUAGGAUCUCGAGAAAAAGAUUCAGAAAAACUUGUACAAAAAGUAAUGAAUAUAACUGAUGUUGUUGCAGCAGCAAAAGAUACAAGUUAUGAAUUCUUUGAGCAGUUGUUAGAAAAUCUUUUAAAAAAGGAUGAAGAGGGCAAUUAUAAUAAAGCUGCAAUUACAGCUUGUAAACAAAUUGUUGAUUGUCUCGUGGAAAAUGUCUUGAGAAUUGAAGAAAAAAGUGUUGAAAAAUCAGAGAGUAGAACAGUAAGUCGUCUUGUUGGAUGCUUAUCAACUUUGCACUUAUUUAGCAAAAUCAAACCUGACCUAAUGGUGGAACAUGCAAAUACUUUACAGCCUUACCUUGACAUCAAAUGCAAUACUCAGGGAGACGUCAUGGUUCUUCAUUAUGUUGCACGGAUACUUGAACUUGUAAUACCUUUAUUGGAACAUCCCAGUGAAUCUUUCUUGGCCCAAGUUGAGGAAGAUUUAGUGAAGCUGAUUCUGAAACAUGGAAUGAUGGUUGUUCAGAGCUGUAUAAGCUGUUUAGGAGCUGUUGUAAAUGAUGUGAGCCACAACUAUGAACUAGUCAGAGAUUGUUUCAAAAAGUUUUAUGGUGUAUUAGCAAGACUUAUGUAUGAUCAUAAAGCAAAUAAAGAUUGUCCAACAUUGAAAACUAGGAAACCUACUCUUCUUCGAGCUCUUUUUACUGUGGGACUUCUAUGCAAACACUUUGAUUUUGAUUCCAAAGAUAUGGGAGAUGCUAAAGUCUGUAACAGAGAGACUGUCUUUGAUGUAUUUAUUUAUUUUGUGGGCCAUGAAGAUGAGGAUGUUCAAGUGAAGGCUUUAACUGCAAUAGGUUUCUUUGCAUGUCGGCACUACACAUUCAUGCUUGGGCCAGUAUUAAAAGAUUUAUAUACAAGACUUUUAACAGAUGACAAAGCUUCAGUGAAACUUCGAUGUCAGGUUUUAAGAAAUUUACAGGUUUAUUUAACAGAAGAAGAAUUGCAAAUGUCAAAAUCUGAUGCAGAAUGGAAGAAACAUUCCAAAACAGAAGAUCUGAAAGAAAUGGGUGAUGUUCAGUCAGGCAUGGCUAGUACUGUGAUGCAAGUGUAUUUAAAAGAGCUUUUGGAAGCCUUCUUUCAUGAAAAUUCUCAAGUGCGUCUCACAGCACUCAAUGUUGUCACUUUGGUUCUUAAACAAGGUUUAGUCCAUCCUGUUCAGUGUAUUCCUUAUUUAAUCAGCAUGGGAACUGAUACUGAACAAUCUAUAAGGGUGAAAGCAGAUCAACAACUUCAAGAAAUUGAGAAAAAAUAUCCUGGAUUUACUCAUAUGAAAGCACUUCAAGGAAUGAAAGCAUCCUACCGUCUUCAGAAAGUGUUUCACUCUACUAAUCCACUAGAACCAGUUAGAGGUCGUCGUUUCAAUGAUGAAAAUCAGCCACAAGCACUGAAUGCAUUCCUUUACUCUCUUUUGCGAUCUAAUAGAUCUCAUAGAAGAGGCUUGCUUACAUCUAUAAUCAAUCUUUUUGAUGAUUCAGCUAGAAUAUCCUUAGAAGAACAAGUGUACAUUGCUGACAAUUUAGGAUACUUUGCUUACCAGUGCCAGGAUGAACCAUUGUUUAUAAUACACCAAACUGAUAUCAUUGUGUCUGUGACUGGUUCUAAUUUAUUACAGUCAUUUAGAGAGAAUCUGCUACACAAUCAUGAAAAAGAAGAAAGAAAUGGUAGCAACAAUCCAGAAAAUUUACCUAAUGGUGAUGCAAAGGCUGUUGUAGAGGAUGAAGAUGAUGAUGAUGAUCCUGAAUCAUUAUUAAAAAAGCUUCCAGAAAAUAUCAAACCCCUUGAAGAUGUAAUGCUUUUAUCACAGGGGUGUAUACUUUUAUUGGUGCUAAAACAACAUCUUAAAGAGAUGUAUGGCCUUACAGAAGGCAAAAUUCACAGAUAUUCUCCGACAGAGGCAGCAAAAGUCUAUGAGAAACCUUUAAAUCGUAAAACGUUACCAAAUUUUGAACCUCAGCACACUUUAACUGUAUUAAAGUCAAUGUAUGAAGAGGACUCCAGAACAUUAGAAGAACGAAAACAAAAACUGGUUCAAGAUUAUCUUGAGUUUCGAGACUUAAUGAUGAGUAUUGAUCCCACUGAUGAAGAUGACAGCGGUGAUGAAGUGCGAAGUACAGGUCAUGCAACUCCUGGUACAACAAAGUCUCCUUCUCAUCAAAGUGAUCCUGGUGAUGGAGUUAGCAGAAAUGGAGAAGUACAUCAUACAGAUGGUGAUCCUGAGACUGAUCGGUUACAAGCAAGCUCUGGAAUGUCUGAAAAUCCCUCUUCAUCCUCAAAGUCUCCCAAAGCAUCAAAUUUUCCUCAUGAUCAUCAUCAUCACCACCAUCAUAAUGACAAAAAGAAAAAAAGUCAUUCUUCUCAUAGAACUCAUAAACUUUUGGCCUCAGGAGGUCACAAAACACCAACUGUGAAAAAGAAACGAAAGAAAAAGAAGCGGAUAGGAACUGAUGAUGAAGAUGACAGUGAAGAUGACCCAGACUUUAUUGGUUGAGUGAUGGUUACUAUUUAUAUGAAAGUUUGUUUUUCACAUUGUUGUUUAUUUGUUGUUCAUGCAACACUUGUACAUUGAGCAUUCCCUUACAACCAUGAGCUUAUAUAUUUCUUGUUGGAUUGCUUUGGAGAAAACUAGGCAGUUUAUGAAGUUAAUUCAUAAAUAGGCUAAUUGUGUAUUUAUGCAUCCAAAUGUUUGAUGCUUUAGUUAGAAAUAAAAUCAUUAAUUGAUACUGAAACAAUGUAAUGGCAGCUGUACAAUCUUAGAUCAUUUGAUUUGGUUAUGUAUGAGUGUAAUAUAGAAACAUAUUUGUUUUAAUACAGUUUCAGACAAAAA